AUGGCUUCAAGUGACCUUACAUGGACCUCUGACGUGAACCGCGUCGAGGCUCCCAUGACAGCCCGUGCAUAUAUUCUGUGCGCAUUCGCGUCUUUUGGAGGUAUUCUCUUCGGUUAUGACUCCGGUUACAUCAACGGAGUCCUCGGCAUGUCCUUUUUCAAGCAAGCCUUUGGCCAUCCAGUGUCCCUGGCUAUUGACCCGACUGGAUUCAACAUUGCAACCUGGCAAAAGUCUCUUAUUGUGUCUGUCCUCUCCCUUGGAACGUUUGUGGGAGCUCUUGUUUCCGGGUCGAUAGCUGAGGUCCUCGGUCGCCGCUAUACCAUUAUGCUCUCCAGCUUGUUGUUUUCAGUUGGCGUGGCAAUCCAGGUUGGCGCAAGCAAAGUUAAUGAUCUCGUUGGCGGGCGGCUAGUUGCUGGGCUUGGGGUUGGUGGCAUAUCUUCUGUCGUGAUCCUGUACGUCUCUGAAAUUGCUCCUAAGAGGUUUCGAGGUGCCAUGGUCUCCGUCUAUCAGUGGGCUAUCACUAUUGGUCUCCUCAUCUCCGCCUGUGUCAGCAAAGCAACAGAAAAGCUUGACACAUCUGCAUCCUACCGCAUUCCUAUUGCAAUCCAGCUUGUUUGGUCCCUUAUCCUUGGUCUGGGCCUCUACUUUCUCCCAGAAUCCCCGCGUUACUAUGUUAAAAAAAAUAGGCUGGACGCAGCUGCCGGUUCUCUCUCUCGCAUCCGUGGACAACAUGUCGACUCAGACUACGUGAAAACAGAGCUAGCUGAAAUUAUCGCCAACUUCGAAUACGAGUCUAGAGUCAGGAGCACCAGUUGGCUCGACUGUUUCAAAGGUGGUCUUUCUCCCAGUGGAAAUCUCCGUCGCGUAAUCCUGGGCACUGCGUUACAGAUGUUCCAGCAGCUAACUGGAGUUAACUUUAUUUUCUGUAAGUUUUACGUCCCUGUUAUGCUAUCAAUGAAUCUGAACAGAAAUGCUGACACAUCUUCCCAAUUACAGACUACGCAAAGCGGGCUGCAAAACCCCUUCUUGAUUUCCAUCAUCACCAACGUUGUCAAUGUUGCAUCCACCCCGGCCUCUUUUUACAUUAUCGAACGCUUCGGCCGUCGAAGUCUCCUUAUCUACGGAGCAAUGGCCAUGCUUGUUUGUGAAUUCAUCAUUGCCGCUGUUGGGACUGCUCUCCCAGGCUCGAACGCAGCUUCCAUGUGCCUGAUCGUUUUCGUCUGCCUCUACAUCUGCGGAUUUGCUUCCACCUGGGGACCAGGAGCGUGGGUGUUAAUCGGAGAGAUAUUCCCUCUUCCCAUCCGCGCACGAGGCGUCGCUCUUUCCACUGCAUCUAACUGGCUUUGGAACUAUAUCCUCGCCCUUAUCACUCCCUAUCUCGUCGACUCUGAGAAGGCAAAUCUGGGCUCCAAAGUCUUCUUCAUCUGGGGCACAACCUGCACUCUCUCCAUGCUCUUUUCCUAUUUCUUCGUCUACGAGACAAAGGGGUUGUCACUCGAGCAAGUUGAUCGCCUGUUCGACGAGAGCAGCCCCAAGAAAAGCAGCAAGUGGGAACCCCACGAAACUUUUGCUACCCGCAUGGGUUUGGCUUCACCUGAAGCUGUAGUCCGAGAAGAGUCAAUGACUAAGGUUGAGACUAGCACUGUUUAG